GGCACCCGAAUUAAAUCGUUAACUGUUAAGCAGGGAUAAGCUGUACUUUUUAAAGAGUUAAUAAUUGAUGGAAAUAACGUCUUACUUAAAUGGGAUAGCCAGACUGUUGUCGACUUCGCCAUUAAAGUGCAUGGAGCAAAGGUUAUGCUUCUGGAGAUCAACAAACAAGCCACUAUAAAUAAACGUAACAGGCUGACCGAUUCGAAUCGAUAUAAGUCGGUUUCUAUGCAAUUAAUAAACCGAUCGCCGGCUCUGUCCGACUUCUUGGGACAAUUGGAAACUUCAGAUAAGGAAGUUGCCUCCACCAUUAUUACCCUAACCAACCGGUUUCAUACAUAGGGUACAGCGUGGAGAACAAAAACUUCCUGUAUUUAGCUCAGUACACACCUUGAAGAGGCAUGGCAAGAAUGGCUGAUCUUGCUCGUAACGGGAGCCUAACAUUUCAAGCAAGCCAGGACCACUCGAAAAGUACCAUUUCGAAAAAUGGAUUCCACAGGAGCUGUCAGGAGAAUGGAGUAUCAAAUGGAGUCCACCACAGAUCGAGGGUCACGGAGGGCUUUGAACAGCCCCCAAUGUACGUCGCUGUCUUCACAUACCUGGGUUUCGGAAUCGUGACCCUCUUCGGCUAUCUUCGGGACUUCAUGAGAGCAGUCGGCCUCGAAAAAUGUCACCUUGCCCAAGAAAGGGAAGAGCAGAAGGACUUUGUUCCUCUUUAUCAAGACUUUGAAAACUUCUACACACGGAACCUGUACAUGAGGGUUCGGGACAACUGGAACCGUCCCAUAUGCAGCCUGCCGGGCCCAGAAUUCGAUCUGAUGGAGCGGGUCACGGAUGACUAUAACUGGACCUUCAGGCUUACCGGCAAAACGAUACAUGGUGUCAUCAACAUGGGUUCGUACAACUACUUGGGCUUUGCAGAGAACAACGCCGACUUCCUGAAAACGGUGGCAGAGACCACAAUGGAUUAUGGGCUUGGGGUCUGCAGUACCCGCCAGGAAAUGGGUAACCUGGACAUCCACCAGGAACUAGAGAAGCUCGUGGCCAUGUUCCUCGGGACCGAGUCCGCAGUGAUCUUCGGAAUGGGUUUUGCCACCAACUCCAUGAACAUCCCAGCAUUAGUGAGCAAGGGCUGUCUGAUCCUGAGUGACGAGCUGAACCACACUUCCCUCAUACUGGGGUCCAGGCUGUCGGGAGCCACAAUCCGUGUUUUCAAGCACAACAACAUGCAGAGUCUGGAGAAGAUGCUGAAGGAGGCUAUUACCAAUGGACAGUCACGCACCCACCGGCCCUGGAAGAAGAUCCUCAUCGUAGUGGAAGGAGUCUACAGCAUGGAGGGCUCCAUCGUACGUCUGGCAGACAUCGUGGCCCUGAAGAAGAAGUACAAGGCCUACCUGUACCUGGAUGAGGCCCACAGCAUCGGAGCUGUGGGUCCUACGGGCCGCGGGGUCACCGAGCUCUUCGGCGUGGACCCAUCUGACGUAGAUAUCAUGAUGGGCACCUUCACCAAGAGCUUUGGAGCUGCGGGCGGCUACAUCGCAGGAAAGAAGGAGCUAGUGGACUACCUACGGACAUACUCCCACAGCGCGGUCUAUGCCUCCGCCAUGUCCCCGCCCGUGGCCAGGCAGAUCAUCAGGGCGAUGAAGUGGAUUAUGGGACAGGACGGCACCACAGUGGGUAUCGAGAGGCUCCGUCAGCUGGGAGAGAACACCAGGUACUUCCGACGCCGGCUGCAGGAGAUGGGAUUCAUCAUCUAUGGCUCUCGCGACUCCCCUGUGGUGCCGCUGCUGGUCUACAUGCCGGGGAAAGUCGGGGCCUUCUCCCGCGCUAUGCUGGAGCGCAAGAUCGGCGUGGUGGUGGUUGGCUUCCCAGCUACGCCCAUCGCAGAGGCACGUGCACGAUUCUGUGUCUCCUCCUCCCACACACGGGAAAUGCUGGACAAGGUGCUGCACGCUCUGGACGAGCUGGGCGACUACCUAGGCAUCAAGUUCUCCCGCCGCAGAUACGUCGACGAGCUGGACAGCUGAUGGCAAACCAGUGCGGGCACGUCCCCCCCCCCCUGUGAGACCCAUGUGACUGCCAGUCAGCCCCACACUCACGGACAGAGGCGGAUCACUAUCUCCUGUGGCGUUUACGUCCGCGGCCGGAUGCCCCAACAAGUCACGAAACAAAAAAAACACCCACCGCCGUCAGUCUCAGUAAGAGACGUGACGGCCAUUCACAUUCUACACAGCACAUUACAGCUAUUUCAAAUGUUUCUUCUUUAAUUCCUGCAUUCAGAUCUGCUCUUUGGGGGCCAAAGAGAAUGGGGGAAAUGGCAGACAGCUUUUCGUGUUUGCGAGCAAGAUCAAAGCACUGCAUGAAAGACCUGUAUAAAGCCCAGUGUGCCUCACAGCUGACCUGGAUCAAAUCAAACGCUUGACCCGUCCGCCAAUUGCUGAUUACAAAACCCUUGAAGCAGAGAUUUUUUUUUAAAUUAUAAUUGUUUUUAUUGGAGGGUUUCCUCCCCUCGUGAUGAAGACCACUGUCACGUACUUCGUUGUAACUUGAGGUUAAAAAGUGCGUGUGCAGGGGGCAUGUGGGAGGGGUGAAACUGCAUUUAAAUGUGGACAGUCGGCAGAUAGGGAUCUGGUCAAGGCGGAUUACAGAGAAUUACGUCUGAUCUCGCUUGAGGUGCACGCUAAACAAUUUACAGAUUUUUACCUGCAGGUCCUGAAUUUCAGCCCAGGUUUGGGUUAUGCCGCCUCGGGCCAUUCCCUGCUGGUUUUGGAGACACUCAGGAAAACAGCACACGAUGCCUUACAAUCACAUUAUUCUUCUGCUAUGUAAAUAAAUAUUCUAUCAACUUA